AGUUGACAAGUGAAGAAGAUAUCGGUAAGAAUUAACAAAAAACGGCAACGCCAACGCCAACAACCCUCUCUCUCUCUCUCUACACUUUCUCUGUCAUUUCUCUGCAAUCGCCGAUCUGAGCCGCACGACGAACCAGAAGAAACCUCCGCGCCGGAAUCUUCUAGAAGGUGGAUUGAGCUUUCAUAAUUCAAGCGAACAUUUGUUAGUUUUCUCAGAAAUAGAAUAAUGGAAGAGGAGGAUGAGCCAAAAGAGAUGAAAAUAUCUGGUAAUGAAUUAGAUUCUCAUGGAGUAGUAGAUAGUGAUUUAAAACGAUUUGUUGAGAGUCCUCAUGAGGAAAAUGUAAAUGGUAGCAGUAGUUUUGAGGUUGAACAUGUAGAUGAAAGGGUACACUUGCAAGAUCAAGACGUUCAGUGUGCAACUACAGUUAUGAGUGAAGACCAGUUUGAGCAAGUAUCUUUGAAAGAUCAAGACAAGAAUAAUGAGUCUGAGUAUUCAAACCAAUCACCAGGUUCUGAUAAAAUACAUCGCCCGUAUGAUGGAUAUGCAGAGGAUUCUCGAUACUCAUCUGGGUCAUGUUCAAUAGAGUAUGAUUCUUCCAUAGUUGCUGACCUGCAUCUCGAUAAUCUGUCUUAUAGCCCUGGGUCAGAGGACAAGCAGUUUGCUCCAUCAUUUAGUUUUGAUUCUACUGGAUACUCUUCUGUCAAAUCUCCACCAAAUCCCAGGCAAAAACAUGCAAAGCCAAAUGUGUCUCCAGAAUUACUGCAUCUAGUUGAUUCUGCCAUUAUGGGGAAACCUGAAGGUAUUGAUAAGCUAAAGAAUAUUGCAAGUGGUGUAGAAAUUUUUGAGAGUGGUGAAGAAAUGGAUAGCGUACCUUUCCUAAUUGUAGAUUCACUUCUUGCAACAAUGGGUGGUGUUGAAAGUUUCGAGGAGGAUGAGGAUAAUCCUCCUAGUGUAAUGCUGAACUCCCGGGCUGCCAUUGUGUCAGGCGAGCUUAUUCCUUGGCUUCCUUACAUAGGUGAUACUGAUGAUGUCAUGUCACCAAGGACAAGGAUGGUUAGGGGACUACUUGCCAUAAUAAGGGCUUGUACUAGAAAUAGAGCAAUGUGCUCAUCGGCUGGUUUGUUAGGAGUACUGUUGAGAACAGCUGAAAAGAUUUUUACAGUGGAUGUUGGCUUAAAUGGACAAAUGAGGUGGGAUGGAACUCCUCUGUGCCACUGUAUACAAUUCUUAGCGGGGCAUUCUCUUAGUGUUAGUGAUCUCUAUAGAUGGUUUCAAGUCAUUACUAAAACACUUACAACAAUUUGGGCUCCACAACUAACACUAGCAUUGGAGAAAGCAAUAAGUGGAAAGGAGUCAAGAGGACCAGCUUCUACCUUUGAGUUUGAUGGUGAAAGUUCUGGUUUGCUUGGUCCAGGUGAGAGCCGUUGGCCGUUUGUGAGUGGAUAUGCUUUUGCAACAUGGAUCUAUAUUGAAUCAUUUGCAGACACAUUGAAUACAGCUACAGUUGCUGCUGCGAUUGCUGCAGCUGCAUCCGCUAGGUCUGGUAAAUCAUCAGCCAUGUCAGCUGCUGCUGCAGCUAGUGCGCUUGCUGGUGAAGGUACGGUGCACAUGCCACGACUGUUCAGUUUUUUAUCUGGUGAUAAUCAAGGUAUAGAGGCUUAUUUUCAUGCCCAAUUUUUGGUUGUUGAAACUGCCAGUGGAAAGGGAAAAAAGUCAUCUUUGCAUUUUACCUAUGCCUUCAAACCACAAUGCUGGUACUUCAUUGGGCUUGAGCAUAUAGGCAAGCAUGGAAUUCUUGGGAAUACAGAAAGUGAAGUCAGGUUAUAUGUGGAUGGGUCUUUAUAUGAAAGUCGUCCUUUUGAGUUCCCUCGAAUAUCCAAACCCCUCGCGUUUUGCUGCAUAGGAACUAACCCACCUCCUACUAUGGCUGGUUUGCAACGCCGUCGUCGUCAGUGUCCUUUGUUUGCUGAGAUGGGCCCUGUUUACAUCUUCAAGGAACCAAUUGGCCCGGAAAGAAUGGCAGGUCUGGCUUCUAGAGGGGGGGAUAUAUUGCCUUCUUUUGGUAAUGCAGCUGGGCUACCAUGGCUAUCAACAAAUGCCUAUGUACACAGCAAGGCAGAGGAGAGUGUGCUUCUAGAUGCAGAAAUUGGAGGUUGCAUUCAUCUGCUCUAUCAUCCUAGUUUGCUGAAUGGGCGUUUCUGUCCAGAUGCUUCACCUUCUGGUGCUUCGGGAGUGCUUCGACGUCCAGCUGAGGUUCUUGGGCAAGUCCAUGUUGCUACAAGAAUGCGACCAGGGGAUGCUUUGUGGGCAUUGGCCUAUGGCGGUCCCUUGUCUUUGCUUCCCGUGACAAUAAGCAAUAUAGACGAAGACACUCUGGAACCACUGCAAGGGAAUUUAUCUCUUUCUUCAGCUACCACAUCUCUUGCGGCCCCAAUAUUUAGAAUUAUAUCCAUUGCUAUUCAACAUCCAAGGAACAAUGAAGAGUUAUCUCGUGGCAGAGGGCCUGAGGUUCUGUCAAAAAUUUUGAAUUAUCUUCUCCAAACUCUAUCUUCACUUGAUGUUGGAAAGCAUGAGGGCGUAGGAGAUGAGGAACUUGUUGCUGCUGUUGUUUCUGUUUGUCAAUCUCAGAAGAUCAACCAUACACUUAAAGUGCAGCUCUUCGCCACACUGCUGUUAGAUUUAAAAAUCUGGAGUUUGUGUAGUUAUGGCAUACAAAAGAAGCUUCUAUCAUCACUUGCAGACAUGGUUUUCACUGAGUCAACAGUAAUGCGUGAUGCCAAUGCCAUUCAAAUGCUUCUUGAUGGCUGCAGACGAUGUUAUUGGAUUGUUCGUGAAAUUGAUUCAGUGGAUUCUUUUUCUUUAGCUGGGGCAACACGUCCUGUGGGUGAAAUUAAUGCAUUGGUUGACGAGCUCUUAGUGGUAGUUGAACUUUUAAUAGUGGCAGCUCCUCCUUCGUUGGUCUCAGCUGAUGUCCGAUGCUUACUUGGUUUCAUGGUUGACUGUCCACAACCCAAUCAGGUUGCUAGGGUGUUGCAUCUCUUCUACAGGAUGGUUGUCCAGCCUAAUGCAUCUAGGGCUAACACAUUUGCAGAAGAAUUUCUAGCAGGUGGUGGGAUAGAAACUCUUCUUGUUCUCCUCCAGAGGGAAGCUAAAGCUGGUGAUAGUGGUGUAAUGGAAUCAUCCUCAAAGAAUCCUGAACUUGAAAAAACAGAAAUUGAUGGUAGUAAUGAGAACACCGAAAGAAGCCAGGACGACGAAGGAUCAGAGGAUAAACGCUCUCAAUCUGUUGACAGUGGCAAUAGUCCUCAUCAUAGUUCUCCAGAUAUUAACAGCGACAGGAUGGCAUUUGCCUCUGAAACUUCUUCUGUCAAGAAUCUUGGAGGCAUAAGUCUAUCCAUUAGUGCUGACAGUGCUAGGAAAAAUGUCUACAAUAUUGAUAAAAGUGAUGGCAUUGUUGUAGGGAUCAUAGGUCUCUUAGGUGCUCUAGUAGCUUCAGGACAACUGAGAUUUGUUUCAUGUGCUAGUCCUGAUACAACGAGCAACCUUUAUGGUGUUGGACUCCAUGACAGGGGUGGUACUAUGUUUGAAGACAAGGUUUCUCUUCUACUUUAUGCUUUACAGAAGGCUUUUCAAGCAGCACCUAACAGGCUAAUGACUAACAAUGUUUACACAGCUUUGUUGGCUGCCUCGAUCAACGCCUCUUCUUUAGAGGAUGGACUAAAUUUCUACGAUUCUGGUCAUCGCUUUGAGCAUUCACAACUCUUAUUGGUGCUGUUGCAUUCCCUUCCAUUUGCACCUAGGUCACUGCAGAGCAGGGCAUUGCAGGAUCUUCUAUUCUUGGCUUGCAGUCAUCCUGAAAAUAGAAACAGUAUGAUCAACAUGGAGGAAUGGCCUGAAUGGAUUUUGGAAAUCCUGAUCUCAAACUAUGAGGUGGGUUCAAGCAAAUUGUCUGAUUCAACAAGUGUUGGAGACGUAGAAGACCUGAUUCAUAACUUCCUAAUUAUCAUGCUAGAGCACUCAAUGCGCCAAAAGGAUGGAUGGAAGGAUAUUGAAGCAACAAUUCAUUGUGCAGAGUGGCUUUCUAUUGUAGGUGGAUCUAGCACAGGGGAACAGCGAGUAAGGCGUGAAGAAUCGUUGCCUAUAUUUAAAAGGAGACUCUUAGGUGUCUUGUUGGACUUUGCCGCUAGAGAAUUGCAGGUUCAGACUCAAAUUAUUGCUGCAGCUGCGGCUGGUGUUGCUGCUGAGGGUUUGUCUCCAACAGAUGCUAAGGCUGAGGCUGAUAAUGCUGCCCAGUUGUCUGUGGCCUUAGUUGAGAAUGCCAUUGUGAUACUUAUGCUUGUUGAAGACCAUUUACGGUUGCAGAGCAAACAAUCUUCUUCACGAACUGCAGAUAUAUCUCCAUCUCCACUUACUACUUUGUAUCCAAUAAGUGAUCACUCAACGUCAUUGUCAACAAUUGACGAGUCAGCAGAAGAAGUCGCGGACAGCCGAAGUUCUCUAUCCGGUGGCUCAGGGGGAAACCCUUUAGAUGCCCUUUCUUCAAUGGCUGAUGGAACCGGUCAGAUCCCUACAUCAGUGAUGGAAAAGAUUGCGGCUGCAGCAGCAGCUGAGCCUUAUGAAUCUGUAUCUUGUGCUUUUGUGUCACAUGGGUCAUGUGCAAAGGAUUUAGCUGAUGGCUGGAAAUAUCGGAGCCGUUUAUGGUAUGGUGUUGGCCUUCCACAGAAUCCAGCUGCAUUUGGUGGUGGGGGAAGUGGAUGGGAUUUUUGGAAGUCAACUUUGGAGAAAGAUGCCAAUGGAAACUGGAUUGAGCUUCCUUUGGUGAGAAAGUCUGUGGCAAUGCUCCAAGCAUUAUUGCUAGAUGAGUCUGGACUCGGUGGUGGUCUUGGUAUAGGUGGAGGAUCAGGCACCGGAAUGGGAGGGAUGGCUGCACUGUACCAGCUACUAGACAGUGACCAACCGUUCUUAUGCAUGCUUAGAAUGGUUCUUCUAUCAAUGAGGGAAGACGAUAAUGGUGAAGAUUAUAUGCUGAUGAGAAAUACAAGUAUUGACGAUGCGGCUUCUGAAGGAAGAAAACCGCGAUCAGCUCUUUUAUGGAGUGUUCUCUCUCCUGUACUCAACAUGCCAAUUUCUGAUUCUAAGAGGCAAAGAGUAUUGGUUGCAUCUUGCGUGCUAUAUGCCGAGGUUUACCAUGCUGUUAGCAGAGACCAAAAGCCUCUUCGCAAACAGUACCUUGAGGCUAUAUUACCACCAUUUGUUGCUGUCUUAAGGAGGUGGCGCCCUCUUUUGGCUAGCAUUCAUGAACUUGCUACUGCUGAUGGUUUGAAUCCUCUUGUUGCCGAUGACCGUGCAUUAGCUGCUGAUUCCCUGCCGAUUGAGGCUGCUCUUGCAAUGAUAGCUCCUGCCUGGGCUGCUGCUUUUGCAUCUCCACCUGCUGCAAUGGCAUUGGCGAUGAUUGCAGCCGGUGCGUCAGGUGGCGAAAGCCAAGCUCCUGCACAAACAUCCCAUCUUAGGCGUGAUACUUCAUUGCUUGAACGCAAACAAACUAGACUUCAUACAUUUUCAAGCUUUCAAAGACCUUUGGAAGUCUCUAACAAAACUCCACCUCUUCCCAAGGACAAAGCAGCUGCGAAAGCUGCUGCUUUGGCAGCUGCUCGUGAUCUGGAGCGAUUUGCAAAAAUUGGUUCUGGAAGGGGUCUUAGUGCUGUUGCAAUGGCUACAUCUGCACAACGAAGGAGUGCUAGUGAUAUGGAGAGGGUCAACAGGUGGAAUGUUUCUGAAGCAAUGGGAGUUGCCUGGAUGGAAUGUUUGCAGCCAGUUGGCACAAAGUCAGUGUAUGGGAAAGAUUUUAAUGCUUUUUCAUAUAAAUAUAUUGCUGUUCUUGUAGCCAGUUUUGCACUAGCAAGGAAUAUGCAACGGUCUGAGGUUGACAGGCGUGCUUAUGUGGACAUAGUUACUCGACAUCGAAUCAGUACCGGAGUCCAUGCAUGGCGCAAACUUAUUCACCAACUAAUAGAGAUGAGAAGUCUUUUUGGGCCUUCCGCAGAUAAUUUAUACAGUCCGCUUCGUGUUUUUUGGAAACUAGAUUUAAUGGAAAGUUCUUCCAGGAUGAGAAGAUGUUUGAGGAGGAAUUAUCAAGGAUCUGAUCAUUUAGGUUCUGCAGCUGAUUAUGAGGAAUACUCUGAAGAGAAAAAAGACCAAAGCACUCCGAUUUUAUCUGCCGAAGCAAUCUCAUUGGAGGCAGUCAAUGAAGAUGAAGAACAGGUUGAUGCUGAGAAUUUGGUUGAUAGGGUUGAUGAUGUUCAAAAUAAAGGAGACAACCAGCUUAGCAUUUCCGAAUCAGCAGAGCAAUCUGUUCAGGCAUCUUUAGAAUCCAGCAGUCCACAACAUGCAAGUGAUGAACACAUUGAUCAGAGUUCUUCAGCCAUAGCACCUGGGUAUGUUCCUAGCGAACUUGAUGAAAGAAUUGUUCUCGAGUUACCGACAUCUAUGGUCCGACCACUUAAGGUCAUACGGGGAACCUUCCAAGUCACCAGUAGGAGGAUAAAUUUUAUAGUUGAUAACAAUAGCAAUGAGACCAGUGCUGCAACAGAUGGUUUUCAUUCCAGUUUUGAGGCAGGGAACCAAGAAAAGGAUCGUAGCUGGUUAAUGUCAUCUCUCCAUCAAAUAUAUAGCCGGAGGUACCUCCUUAGAAGAAGUGCACUGGAGCUAUUUAUGGUGGAUCGUUCAAACUUCUUUUUUGAUUUUGGGAGUAGUGAAGGGCGAAGAAAUGCAUAUCGAGCAAUUGUUCAAGCACGGCCUCCUCAUUUAAACAACAUAUAUUUGGCUACUCAGAGACCUGAUCAACUUUUGAAAAGAACUCAACUUAUGGAGCGCUGGGCUAGGUGGGAGAUCAGCAAUUUUGAAUAUUUAAUGCAACUCAAUACACUGGCUGGGCGUAGUUAUAAUGAUAUUACCCAGUACCCAGUGUUCCCCUGGAUUCUUUCCGAUUACAAUUCAGAGAGCUUGGAUAUUUCUAAUCCUUCUUCUUUUCGAGACCUUUCAAAGCCUGUUGGGGCACUGAACCCAGAUCGUCUGAAAAGAUUUCAAGAGAGAUAUGCCAGCUUCGAUGAUCCACUCAUACCUAAAUUCCACUACGGAUCACACUACUCGAGUGCUGGAACGGUUUUGUAUUAUCUUGUUAGGGUCGAACCAUUCACUACCCUUGCUAUUCAACUGCAAGGUGGAAAAUUUGACCAUGCAGAUCGGAUGUUUUCUGAUAUUUCUGGUACUUGGAAUGGAGUUCUUGAGGACAUGAGUGAUGUUAAGGAGUUGGUUCCUGAGCUAUUUUACCAACCUGAAGUCCUCACAAACGAAAACUCAAUUGAUUUUGGCACAACUCAAUUGGGAGGAAAGCUUGAUACUGUAAAACUUCCUGCUUGGGCUGAAAAUCCGAUUGAUUUUAUUCAUAAGCAUCGGAAGGCUCUGGAGAGUGAAUAUGUAUCUUCUCAUUUACAUGAAUGGAUUGACCUUAUAUUUGGGUAUAAACAACGGGGCAAAGAAGCUGUUGCUGCAAAUAAUGUUUUCUUCUAUAUUACCUAUGAAGGGACAGUGGAUAUUGAUAAAAUCUCUGACCCAGUUCAACAGUGUGCCACACAAGAUCAAAUUGCAUAUUUUGGACAAACACCCUCCCAACUUUUGACUGUUCCCCACUUGAAGAAAAUGCCGUUAGCAGAAGUUCUGCAUUUGCAGACAAUAUUCCGCAACCCAAAUGAAGUCAAGCCCUAUGUUGUUCCAUCACCUGAACGUUGCAAUCUUCCUGCAGCUGCAAUUCAUGCAUCUUCAGAUGCUGUUGUGGUUGUUGAUAUGAAUGCACCAGCAGCACAUGUUGCACAACAUAAGUGGCAACCCAACACACCUGAUGGCCAUGGAACUCCUUUUCUUUUUCAACAUAGAAAGGUUACAGCAGGCUCUGCUGGUGGUGCACUUAUGCGGAUGUUCAAAGCACCGGUCUCAUCAGGUGAAGAAUGGAGAUUCCCACAAGCUGUAGCAUUUUCUGCCUCUGGAAUUAGAAGCCAAGCUAUCGUUUCUAUAACAUGUGACAAAGAAAUUAUUACUGGGGGGCAUGCUGAUAAUAGCAUUAGGCUAAUAUCAUCAGAUGGAGCCAAGACCUUAGAAACAGCUUAUGGACACUGUGCUCCUGUAACUUGCCUUGGUCUUUCACCUGAUAGUAACUACCUAGUAACAGGAUCCCGAGAUACAACAAUAUUACUCUGGAGAAUACAUAGAGCUCUUGUGUCUCACUCAAAUGUCGUAUCGGAACAUUCCACCGGGACAGGCACACUCUCUCCAACCAGCAAUAGCUCAUCACACUUGAUUGAAAAGAAUCGGAGACGUCGAAUUGAGGGUCCUAUACAGGUACUUCGGGGGCACCGCAGUGAAAUAAUCAGUUGUUGUGUUAACUCAAAUCUCGGAAUAGUUGUUUCUUGCUCUCAUUCAUCAGAUGUCCUCUUGCACUCCAUUAGAAGAGGACGUUUAAUAAGAAGAUUGGAUGGUGUGGAGGCCCAUAUUGUCUGUCUUUCAUCUGAAGGGGUUGUGAUGACUUGGAAUGAAUCACAGCAUAGUCUUAGUACCUUUACUCUCAAUGGUACUCCGAUUGCAAGAGCACAGUUCUCCUUUUUUUGCAGUAUCAGUUGCAUGCAAAUUUCUAAUGAUGGGAUGAGUGCUUUGAUUGGAAUUAAUUCUCAAGAAAAUGGAAGCAGUUUAAAUUCACAGUUGAAUAAGUCAGGUGUUGAUUUUGAUUCAGAAUCAGAAGAAACUGACGAAAACAGCAGAACAGAUCUUCCAUCACCAUCAAUUUGCUUCCUGGAUAUGCACACUUUGGAGGUAUUUCAUAUAUUAAGACUUGGAGAAGGACAGGAUAUCACAGCUCUGACUCUAAACCAGGAUAACACAAAUCUUUUGGUUUCGACAUUGGAUAAACAACUGAUAAUCUUCACUGAUCCAUCUUUAAGCUUGAAAGUGGUAGAUCAAAUGCUCAAGCUUGGCUGGGAAGGUAAUGGACUUCAGCCUCUUAUAAAAUCAUAGCUUUUAGAUUAUACAUAUGUGGAUUACAGAUCAUCUAUACAUAGUAUCAAUUAGGAAAGUUAGGUUGAGGUUGUGACACUCGUUUGUAAGCAUUUUUGGUUGCCUCUUUAUGGUUCAGAGAUGUCAUGUGACACUUCCAAUUAAUACAACCAGUGUUAGGUUCAUAGAUUUAGUGGAGGGUUCUUUGCUCCUCCAGUUGUGUAAAAGUGUUGAUAUUGAACAAGCUUCCGAGUUCCUACUGAGGUUUGAGCCGUUUUUGUCCCAUAUUUUUUUUAUUUGAGAAUGAAAAUAUAGUGGCCAUUCUUUCUUGUAAUACUACGGAUUUUCAGAUGUUUAGAUCGAUUAGAUUUGGCUGAGUUUUGAGUGUUCAAUAUUGAGUGUAAUGAAUAAAUUAGAUGUUAUAUUGUUUGCUGUAAAGUAUUUUUUUUUGUUGUUAAUGCUGUAAAGUGUUGAUUUAUUGUUUUA